GGCUCGGCCAUCAGGACUGGUGCAAUUCAUAUGCCCGCUGUCAAUCUCGACAGAAGACGGCUCAUAAAUAGCCGGCGUGUACUCGUCGCUAUCUGGGUACUGCGGGUCCCGCCUUGAAUAUGGCGCACGUCGGUAUACUGCUACUCUCCAGCCUUUUCGUCUCUUAUGCGGUCUACGGGCGGGUGUGGAACAAUACUGGAGUUGGAGCUAUUGCUUUUGAGGAGGCAUGGUCAGUACCCGAGCUGAUACAUCAAGCUGAUCAAACUGUCCCGCCCGUUGGUCAAACGAAUGCGGAACUCGAAGCCAACCUGCUGGACGUACAUAAUCAACGUUUGGCUCACAUGGAUGCAACGGGAAUUGACUUCAUGGUUCUGUCCUGCGCGUCACCUUGCAUUCAAGGCAUCCAGGAUCCAACGAAUGCCUCCACCACGGCUACGUCAAUUAAUGACGAGCUCGCUCGCCAGAUCUCAAACAACACCCUCCGCUUCGGCGCUUUUGCCGCACUCGCCAUGCACGACCCUGCCGUCGCCGCCCAGGAGCUCACGCGCACCGUGAAGGAGCUCGGUUUUCUCGGGGCGCUAAUCAACGAUUACCAACAAGCGGGCACCGCCGACAACCAGACUUUCCUAUUUUAUGACCAGCCGCAGUACGACGUGUUCUGGCAGACUGUCGUGGACCUCGACGUCCCAGUCUACCUGCACCCUCGCGUGAACCCACCGCCCGUGUCGACGCUCCUGUUCGCUCACGCGCCGUUCCUGAUCGGUCCUGCCCAGGAAUUUGCGUCCACGCUGUCGACUCACAUUCUGGGGCUCUGUACAAAUGGCGUAUUUGACCGUUUUCCGAACUUGACAGUCAUCUCUGGGCACCUUGGCGAACGCAUUCCGUCUGACCUCGUACGCAUAAACGACCAGCUCGCCCGCCAGGUCGUCGCAGGGAUGCCGAUGCAGAAGAAUGUGACCUUCUACUUCCAGAAUAACAUUCUCGAGACGACCUCGGGUAACUUCGCUACGGACCUCGUCAAGUUCCAUGCGCAGCAGAUUGGACUGGAGCGCAUUUUGUACUCGGUCGAUUACCCCUAUGUGACGAUGGAGGAGGGCGCAGCGUGGUUAGACACUGAGGUGCCGACGUUCUUGAAUGAGCAGGAAGCCCUCGCGUUGAAGAGGGGGCUCGCUAUCGAGGCACUAAAGUUGAACCAGUAGGAGCAGUGACAGGGCAAUGUAGUGUGCGCCGAGUGAGCUGAACGUCCAUAUGGAGAUUUAACUAGUUAUCCAAUAUCAUGC